CUCCUCGUCUGAUAGGACAGCUGGAUAACCGCUGUAAGCUGCGGAACGUGGAGGACCUGCGACUGGCCGGUUUGGACAUCACAGACACGUCUCUGCGUCUCAUCUGUCGACAGAUGCCCCUGUUGUCCCGGCUGGACCUGAGCUACUGCAACCACAUCAACGACCAGUCGGUCAACCUGCUGACGGCCGCCGGAACUACGACCAGAGACUCGCUCACAGAAAUCAACUUAUCGGUUUGUAACCGGGUCACGGACCACUCGCUGAACUUUUUUAAGCGCUGCGGCAGCAUCUGCCAAAUCGACCUUCGCUACUGCAAGCAGGUGACCAAGACGGCGUGCGAGCGCUUCAUCGCGGAGAUGUCCGUCAGUGUGCCGUUCAAACUGAAAGAGGACAAACUGCUGCAGAAGGCUAGCUAACGGCCGACUGCGGCUCGCAAGACAGACUUUGCACUUAACGGAACAUAUCGUUCCACGCGGUCCCUAACCGUAAAUGGCGGCCGGUUCCGCGCCGGGCCGGGUCGGGCCGUGUGUUGGUUCAUGCAAGGAGGCGAUGUACAUUGGUGGGCGGAGUCGGAGGUAAAUGGCUGCAUGUUUCUGUGCUGACUUUGUAUUUUUUUUAAUUUUUUUUUUAUGAUGGUCGGGUCGAUAUUUUUAUUCUUUAAAUAUUUGUAAAACCCAGUAUUGUUUUUU